UAGACAUUCAAGUAGAUAGCAAUACAUGAAAUUAGAUUGUAGACACUCUGAAAUCUUUUCUUAACAAACCUAAACAAAAACAAGAGAGUCACCUGAAAAUAAAAUUAAAAAAACAGGACACUGGUCUGAAUAAGAACACUAACUUUAUAUUGAUUUUCUCUAUCAAUCUUAAAAUUUGGCAGAAUCAUCAAAGAAAAACAAAGGAUAAAAAUUAUUUAAGAAAAUGAGUGAGACUAUUAUUACUCGAAGUCCUAGUUAAUGUCGGUAUGAUUCAUAAGUAAUUUAAUAUAGAUCUCAUCAUUAAAAAUUUAAUCCUUUCAGUGGUUAGGGAAGACAGACAAUGGUUUUAAGGAGAACAGAUUAAUCACAUAGCAACUAUUACCUUUAAAUGAGGAGUAAACAAUACAUAAGAUAAUUAUUUCAUAAACUAAGAAUUAAAAAGUCUGAAUCUACGUCAGAGCAAGAAAUUUGUUAAUUUAUUUAAUGA